CUUGUAAAGCCCUGCAUCAUCCUUAGAAGAAACAAAAAAAUCCUGCACAAAAAACUUCAAUCCUCUCAUUGUGGCUCACGAUUUUCCAUCAAUAUUCUGAGAGCCCCAAAAGAGUCUUUUUCUCUGUUUCUCUCACUAGAAUCCCCCUCUAGAAUUAUGCCAUGGAGGCCCUCCAUGCAGCAAGCUUGACCCCCAUAAGAUCACUUCUUGGUGACAGAAAAAAAAUCCCAUCACUGCCCUCCAUUUCCGUUCCCAAAUUCUCAAAUCCCACAAGUUUGAGAGCUUCACAAGAGUCUUCAUCUCGGAGUUUCCAUGGCGGUUUGCUGCUCUUAUCUUCGGUUUUCAAUGCCGGGUUUGCCAAGGCUUUGACAUAUGAGGAAGCAUUGGGGCAGUUUGUGAGUGGUGGAGGUGGAGACUUGGAAGUAGGUGGUGGGGUUCUUGACAAUGUUAUAAGUUUUGUGACCGAUAAUCCUGCAGUUAUAGCUGGUGGUUUUGCGGUUUUGGCGGUUCCAUUGGUUCUGUCUCAGGUUCUGAAGCCUCCUAAGCCGUUUGGUGUUGACUCUGCAAGAAGUGCUUAUGCAAAAUUGGGUGAGGAUGCCAAUGCUCAGUUGCUUGAUAUAAGACCUCCCGCGGAGUUUAGGCAGGUUGGUACUCCGGAUGUCAAGGGUUUGGGGAAGAAGGCGGUGUCCAUUGUUUACAAACGUGAAGAUAAGCCGGGGUUCUUGAAGAAGCUUUCUUUGAAGUUCAAGGAGCCAGAAAAUACCACAUUGUUCAUCCUAGAUAAAUUUGAUGGGAACUCUGAGCUGGUUGCAGAAUUAGUCGCUGUAAAUGGGUUCAAAGCUGCUUAUGCUAUUAAAGAUGGUGCGGAAGGACCACGAGGAUGGGUGAACAGCGGUCUUCCUUGGACACCACCACCGAAAGGACUGAGUCUUGAUUUUGGAAAUUUAGCAGAUGCUCUUAGUGGUGCAGUUGGAGAGGGAUCGGGUGCCUUGUCUCUUUCCCUUGGGGUUGCUGCAGCAACCGGAUUGGGUUUCUUGGCUUAUACUGAGGUAGAAACAAUCCUCCAGCUUUUAGGCUCGGUUGCACUAGUUCAGUUUGUGAGCACGAAAUUCCUUUUUGCCGAGGAUCGAAAAGAAACUCUACAACAAGUUGAUAAGUUCUUGACCACGAAGGUUGCCCCAAAGGACCUCGUCGAUGACAUAAAGCAAAUCGGGAUAGCUUUUCUGCCAGUAACUGUUAGCAAGGUUCUUCCUGCACCUGCAGAACCAACUCCAGAGCCUACUGCUGCUAGUGAUACCGUACAGAAAGCAGAAGCUGUGGUCGAACCAAAAGUUGAAGCAGCUGCAGAAGCGACACAGGAACCAAAUUCAGUACCAAAACCAGAAGUUAAAGCAGAAUCACUUCCGGGGAUUUCGAAACCACUUUCCCCAUUCCCUUAUUAUCCGGAUUUCAAGCCUCCGGCAUCCCCCAGACCAUCGCAGCCCUAGAGACGUAUCUUAAAGCUCAUUCCUUCGACAGCAAGCAGUCAAGGAUUCUUCAGAGCCAUACUCUUAGCUAUGCUCCUGUUAGUGUGAUACAAGAAGUUUUGGAGGCUACAUUUUAUAUGAAGAUGAUUCAGUGUCAUGAGUUGGAUAAAAUAGUUUUCCAUAAGUAGCCCUCUUGUUUUUUACUUUUUACUGCUUAAAUUCAAAUCCUAAAAUUAGUUUUCUUUGGACUUACUAUAUAAAUUCUCUCUCUAGGGCUUUUGGAGUGUAUAUGUAUGUUGAAUUAGAAGAUGGAAUAGUCAUGAACUAAGCUUAUUAUUUUCAAUCUUUAUUGGAAGGGAUGCGUUUACUUA